AUUGGUUGAUAAGGCGAGGCGACCGGGGCGGUGCGAUGAAGGGGCGGGCCUUGGGAGUCAGAACCAGUCCGAACGCCACCCCUUCACGCUGCGGUUAUCGUUUGGGUCCCGACGGUGCUAUCAGUGUCGUCCCGCAGUGCUGCAGCUGCCUCGGCACCAUGGCUGUGUUCGUCGCGCUGCUGUCCUUGUUGCUGGCCGGUGUUUUGGGGAAUGAGUUUAGUAUAUUAAGAUCACCAGGGUCGGUUGUCUUCCGAAAUGGAAAUUGGCCUAUACCAGGAGAGCGAAUCCCAGAUGUGGCUGCAUUGUCCAUGGGCUUUACUGUGAAAGAAGACCUUUCUUGGCCAGGACUUGCGGUGGGUAACUUAUUCCAUCGGCCUAGGGCUACCGUCAUGGUGCUGGUGAAGGGAGUUGACAAGCUGGCUCUCCCUCCAGGCCGUGUCAUCUCAUAUCCUUUGGAGAAUGCAGUUCCUUUUAGUCUUGACAGCGUUGCAAAUUCCAUUCACUCCUUAUUUUCUGAAGAAACUCCUGUAGUUUUGCAGUUGGCUCCCAGUGAGGAAAGAGUGUAUAUGGUGGGGAAGGCAAAUUCAGUUUUUGAAGACCUUUCAGUCACACUACGGCAGCUGCAUAAUCGCCUGUUUCAAGAAAACUCCGUUCUCAAUUCACUUCCCCUCAACUCUCUAAGUAGGAACAAUGAAGUUGACCUGCUCUUCCUUUCUGAAAUGCAAGUGCUCCAUGACAUUUCAAGUUUGUUGUCUCGUCACAAGCAUCUAGCCAAGGAUCAUUCUCCUGAUUUAUAUUCACUGGAGCUGGCAGGUUUAGAUGAAAUUGGGAAACGUUAUGGGGAAGACUCUGAACAAUUCAGAGAUGCUUCUAGAAUCCUUAUUGAUGCUCUGCAAAAGUUUGCAGAUGACAUGUACAAUCUUUAUGGUGGAAAUGCAGUGGUGGAAUUAGUGACUGUCAAAUCAUUUGACACAUCUCUUGUGAGGAAGACAAGGACUAUCCUAGAGACAAAACCGGACAAAACUGGAAGUCCCUAUAACCUUGCAUACAAGUAUAAUUCUGAGUAUUCAGCAAUUUUCAACAUGAUACUUUGGAUAAUGAUCGCAUUGGCCUUGGCUGUGAUUAUCACCUCUUACAACAUUUGGAAUAUGGAUCCCGGCUACGACAGCAUCAUUUACAGGAUGACAAACCAGAAGAUUCGAAUGGACUGAGCUUUCCUUAUGUCAGACUUAGACAAGAGGUUUGGACAUCAACUGUUUUAUUAAAGUAUAUCUUUUGGUGUGGUUUAAAAUAGAUAGUACACUUUAAAUUUAUUUUAAAAACAGCAAAUUUUGUUCUCUAUUUUAUGUGUGCCUAUGAUUUUUUUAGAGUAGAGUAUUGAUGUGAAUUGAAAUAUGUGAUAUAGACUCCAUAAUAUACUUGAGUAUUAUGAUAUAGCCAUUUAAUAACAUGAUUUCAUUCCAUUUCGUAAAUCUAAAAACAUGCACUGAAAGAAAUGUAAAACACAGAAUAGCUUGUAUUAUUUAUGUUGGAAAAAUGCACUGAAUUUAUUAGAGAAACUUAUGAAUGCUUAACUUGCUUGUAUAGGACAAAUGAAAAUCCUAUUUGGGCUGUUACAUACUAAGAACUAUUUGUAAUUGUUUUAAUUCAUUGUAAAUAUCUCUGAAAUGAGAGAUGUUUUCUUAGAGCAGCCCUAAAAUACUGGAUGUGUUGAUACAGUUGCUUAGUUUUGAACUGUGUCUGAUUGACAGUGUGGCUGUUUUUAACUUCUGCUGCAAGUUUGGUGACCUGUGUGUCUAGUAAGAAUAUUUAAAAUGCUAUAGUGAUUUAAGAAGAGACUGACUCCAUGGCAUGUAGAUGCUUGUAAUUAGAUACGAAAAACAAAUCUUAGGGGCACAUCUCGAGGCAUGAAUCUAAAAUAUUUUUACUUCAGUAACUUUUCCCCCUGUGAAGUUACUGUGGUCUGUGGUACAACUUUAUUCUGUAAAAUAUUAGGUGGAAAUGGAUGAUUUGUACUUUUCUUCUGGAAGUGGACCAAUGUCUAUAAAGAGUCACAAAUAAAAUCAAUGAUAACAAA